UCCCUGUGGAGCAGCCCUUCAUUCCUCUCCUGAUUGCUGAGAUCCCUCCUUGCGUCCUGCCUCUAUCCAUACAUUUAGAAGGACGCUGGGAAGGAGAUCCACACACAAACUGAGGACAUUAAAGACUUUAUAUUGAGGACGCUAUAAAGGACCAGUAGUCAAGAUGUUGAUCACCAUGCUAACAGCCAUGUACGUGAUGGUCAGAGUCGUAGAAUCGAUAGGGGUGCGCCUGGCCGGCCAAAAGGAACCACUGCCUUACAUGGUGUCCCAGCCUUUACCUUGGCAGGUCCACUCCGUGUCACACAGCCGCCGGAGCAGCAAAGCAGAUGAGUUUGACGGCUACAGAAGGAACAGCAUGGGCGUGUACAGAAAGUACUCCAACGCCAGUAACGGCACAUGCAGCACGGAGCCCACCUUACCCCCCUUGAGCCCCGUGGAGGUGAAAGCUGCCUCCACCAUCCAAACCCACUUCAGGAAGUUCCAGCAGAAGAAGCAAAAGAACGGCAAGUAGAUUCACGGAAAAGGAGUGUAGCCAUGUUGGACUUGUUUGGAUGCACAGAACCAUGGAUGGACCCUUUCAUACUCACUACCAUAUUAAAACUAAUCACUUAGCUUAGCAUCAGAACAUUUAAUCAUGCAUAAUAAUAUUAUGUAUACACUUUUUGGUCAUGUUAUCUGAUUGAUUAUCUAUUGUUGGCAAUGUUCGAAUUAAAAGUGAAUUGUGUGUUAACGUUUCAUGAACAAAUGCAGAAAAGCAUGACAUAAUAAAAAACGUCUUGCAGUCUG